CCACGGAAUACUUCGACGCGCGGCGUGUCUGUGUCGGUCUGUCUGUCUACAGCCAACAUGCAGUCAUCUCUGGAGUCCUCUGGUUUCUUCGAGACUUUCAAUAGUGAUGCGGACGAUUUUGAUUUAGAGGACGAUGAUUUCCCAACAGGAACAAUGUCUUUCAACGGGCGACUCGUCAUAUCAGGCGGUCCUAAUGUUUUCCCAGUGCUCGAAACGGGAGGUAAACUAUUAAUUUGUGCCCAAUGUUUAUAUUGUAUACGUACAACGAUCAUGUUUUUUCGCUGAUAAUUACAACUUUUUUCGUCGGACACACUUUAAAUUUAAAUCAAAUCUUGUUGUUAAAAUAUAAUUUUCAACAGUUGCAUCGGUUAAUGCCUUCACUAGCAUCAGUUAAAGCGGAAAGAAGAAACUUUCAACUGCGUAAAGUCUUUCCUGUUGUCGCAUACCUUUACCCCUUGGUAACAUAUCGGGUGGUCUAUAUUGAACUAAUCCCCAAAUCGUUAAAGAUCCUUAAAUAAAACACACAUACCAUCUUUCUCGCUCUGAUUCAAAGAAUAUGUUGGUGCGUUCUUAGCACGAGAUCAACUCGUUUAUAUUAAGCACGCCAGAAAGUUUGAUAGAGAACCUCCGUGAGGGAGUGAACACGUCUCAGAUGACCUUUUUGCCUCGUUAUCUCACCACCCUCUCAUUAAUACUCAAAUUAUUUUUUUCUGGUAAAUGUUUUGCUCCCCCGCACAUAGCUAACAGAACUCAUGUGUUUUCUCGCUAUCAAUUGAGCAAUUUUCUUCUUGCAUGUCAAGGAAUUUUAUUGUAACAUGUGCUGUUUGACAAGUACUUAUAAACUUGAUCCACCAAUGUCACAUUUAUGAUGAACAAACUAAUCCCUGCAAGGACAGCUGCUUCCAUAAAUACUUCUGUAUCAGUGUUUAUUAAAUUAUGGCUUUUUUUUCUAAGUUGUGGAACUUUGCAUUUAUGUUUGGUUUCUUGGUGACCAAUAUAUUUUUUAAUUCUUUCCCAAUAUUUUUUUGACUUGUCACUCUAAUUUCUUUGUUCCACAUUAAGUGCAUUAUUGCGCACUGCCUCUUGCACCAUUGGAUUUGAUCUUUUGCAGUUCACUUUUGAGCUUGGGAACAAGCUCUCCAGGGGAAAGAGGGUGCAGGUGGAGAAAGAGUGAGAAAGAUGAAUGGGUAGGGAUGGGGGAAGGGGAAGGGGAGGGGGAGGGGAUGGUAGGGAGCCUCUGCUACAACUCCCAAUCUUCCAUUUUGCACCCCUUUCCCCUCCCCCCCCCUUUGCUAAAUAUCAGUUCCCAUUUACCCCUUGAACCAAAGUUUGUCAGUUUGUCAACUGGUCAUCAUUUUUUCAGAUGUGUUUGAUUGUUUAUUAGGGAGAGGCAUUGUGUUUGUUCCAGAAGAUAAGAGUACUGAUUGUGAUGGGGAUGAUCAUAUUGAUGAUAGUAUUUGUAGAGGUUACGGAAUGUCAGUUAAUACAGAUCCACAAAAUAUCAAGUUUGACAUCAUUUCAACCAGGAUAAAUGAAAAUCAACGGAAGCAGCAUGUGGUCAGUAAAUUGAAUAGAGUUAUUAAUUUUAAAUUUCUGUAGGUUUAUUACAGCUUUGCUCUGUAUAAAUGCCACUUCUUGAAUGCUUUUCGAUGCUGUUGUAGGUCCUGUACAGUAUAUUCAAUCCACUAACUAUUUUUGCAUCUUACAUACAAGUAAAAUUGCUGUUGUUUUUGUGUUUGUGUAUUCAGUUACAUAUGGAUUUUUUCUAUAAGCGAUAAAUGCAUAAGUUCAAGAAAUUAGUCUUCUAAUUUUUUACUGUAUUUAUUUAUUUUUUUUUUAGUUUUACACUCUCAUGGUCCUCAAAACUGAAGGUGUUGACACAGACAAAGCUUUAAUAGACCGACGUUACUCAGACUUUGCAGCUCUUUAUAAAGCUCUCAAGAAAGACCAUUCCAAAUUACUUGAAGGUGUAAACUUUCCUGGAAAAGUUUUUGGUCAGAAAAGUAAUUUGAAUCCUGAAGUUAUAGAGGCCAGACGCUGUGCUUUUGAGUCUUUCCUUCAAAAGGUGCACACUCAUAAGGAGGUCCUUCAUCAUCCAGCUUAUAGGAAAUUUUUCUAUUUGCCAGAACUCUGCGAGGCGACAGAACACUUGAAAGGUGGUGAAUUGAAGCGUAGUCUAAAGCUUUUGCUGAACAGUCUGCAUCUUCAAGUCAAGUUGUGUGAUCAAGUGAGAGAGAUCAUUGCUACUUUGGCAGCAAUUGUUGUCGUACAUGAGGCUCAAAGUAAAUUUGAAGAAGCUGAUCGUUAUGCAACAGCUGCUCUUGAAUUAAUUGAUGAAGAUCAUUACUGUUCUUAUCUCAUUCCACUUUUGGAUACAACAGCCAGACUUAGAUGGAAACUAAAAAAAGACAAGAGCACAUUAGAGAGAAAUUUGGCACGUGUUCAAAAAACAAGUGGGAUUGAUGUCGAUUGUGCUUUCACUUUGCGAGAGCUUGCUGUUACAAGGUUUAGCAUGUGAAAUGUUUCUAUUUGAAGGAGAGUUUCAAAUUGUAGUACAUGGACAGGAAGAGGGCAUUCCCCUUGAAUUAGUCCCCAGGGUGCUUGUUUCCAAUCAUUGUCAGGAUAAGUUUGUUCUUUUUUUCAGAUUUGAACAUUCUGUCGUUUAUUAAUUAGCAAAGUUGUGAAGGCAUGCAGUCAAGUUCAUCAGUAAGGGAAUGUGGAAUUCACAAGUUAGACUACACAUAACUGAAUUGAAAAACCUCUGAAGUUGUUGACGUAUGAGAAAUUGAGAAACAUUUCCUGCAUUCCUGUCGUUUAAUGUCCUUCCUGUUUCUAUGAAUUUGUAACAGAACAACUUAUUCAUUUUUCUUAAAAUCGUGUUUUUAUAAAUAGAUGAAAUUUAGAUGACAUCCUCAAUCAUAGCAUGUGUUGAAGGUUAGUCAUUAGGAGCAAUCUAAGAAUCUUUCAAAAAUCUAAUUUCUCGGCAAAAUUAUAGGAGAUAAUUCAGUGGCAUCCCAACUUAAAACAUUUAAUUAAGUCAUGAAAUGCCUUUAAGUUAGUUAUUACAGAGUGCAAAUGAUCAGGCAAUGUUUUAAAGCCAGGCACAGUACUAAGCUUAAACCUAAAAUAAUAAAUAAAUAAAACAGUACUAAGCUAAAACCUAAACUAAAUUUUCUAGAGAAGAUGAAGCAAAUGCAGCCAAUUAAUUUUGAUUAAUGUAUAGGCAUGGUAGAACUGUAAGAAAAAAUAUGAUGUGUCCCAUUAGCAGGCUCUUUUGGGAGGUAAAUAAAAUUCAAAGUUGAAAUAACUAUGCUUUCCAACCCAUAACAGAUGUGCUACUCAAGAAUUGUAAGUAAAGUAAUGUUCUCAGUUUGUAUGUCAUUUCUGAAUUUUUUUAUAUAUUACUAAGCUUGCACAACUGUCAACACCAAAUUUUAUCUAAAAACUCUGACUCUUGGCAUGUUUCAGAAUGUGACAUGACAUCUGUUCUUUGGGUAGAUAAGUUGUUGUUUCACUAGCAAACCUUUGUAAUUAGUGUAUAAAAUUACAUGUAUUUUGUUAACUGUACAUAACUAGUUUCAAGAGUACUCCUUAUAGUUAUUAGUUUUAUUUCCUAUUAUUUAUCCCAUGUAGAUUAAUAUAUAAAUGGUGAUAAAGGAAUAAAACCUAAUUUUUCUAAAUAAAUGAGUAGAUCAG